GGAGUGGCUGGGCCGGGGAGUGGGUUGGGCACGGGCAAAGUGAGCAUCGUCGACAAAAGAGAGCGCCUCGCCAUGGCAGUCUACACGUGCUCUGAGCCGCUGUCUCCAUUCGCUGUGUGUUCCAGUUUGCCAUGGUCAUCGAAUCUCCGUGUGCCAGAUUGCGAGAAGUGAGCAUGCCGAGCUAGUCCCCGCGGGGCGCGAAGAGACCCGGGCGCAUUGCAGAAGGCAGUUGAGCAGUGUGCGGUCGAGAGGCGUGCAGCGGUGGAGGAGGGGGGAGCGUGUCCGAGCUGGUCCCGCGGCGCGAAGAGACCCGGGCGCAUGUGCGGUCGAGAGGCGUGGAGCGGUGGAGGAGGGGGGAGCGUGUCCGAGCUGGUCCCGCGGCGCGAAGAGACCCGGGCAUCACAGUUCAAGAAUAGGGUGCGGUCGAGAGGCGUGCGGUGGAGGAGCGUGUCCGAGCUGGUCCCGCGGCGCGAAGAGACCCGGGCGCAUCACAGUUCAAGAAUAGGGUGCGGUCUGUCUCCAUACCUUAUCAUCGCCUCGUCAGUGGGUUGUCUGUCUGUCGCCAUACCAUAUCAUCGCCUCGUGUGCGGCAGCGCCGAGCAGCAGAACGAAGAGCAGCGACGACUGCGGUUGGAGCGCGGGAGCGAGGGGCGGGCGCCGCGGCGGCGGCGGAGGAGAGAGCGGUGGCAGGAGGAGUGGCGGCGGUCUUCGGGAUGGCAGUGUGCGUUGGUGAAGGUGCUGUGCGGCUGUCGGUGUCAUCGUGGCUCCCGUCACCAUUCAUCCGUCACCAUAUCAUCGCCUCGUGAGGGCGGCAGCGCCGAGCAGCAGGACGGGUAGCGACUGCGGUGGAGCGUCGGAGCGAGAGCGGGGGGGGGCGGGG